AUGACAGCUCUAAGAAUGCGGUUGCCAACGUGGAACGAUGACUUCCCGAUUUUCUUACUGUUGCUGCUCGGUGUGCUCGCCUCUGGCUCGUAUUGCUUUGAGGUGAUAUAUGCGAUUAACGCGGGUGGCGAGGCGCACACGGACAGCAACGGGGUACAUUAUGCCAGGGAUCCUCUAAUGGGAAAAUAUAUCGGCACGGCCUCCGAUUAUGGUAAGCAGCUCAUCAUCGGGCGUAUCAGCGACAUAGAUCAGAUAUUAUACCAAACCGAGCGUUACCAUCACAACACUUUCGGAUACGACAUCCCGAUCAGCCAGGAUGGGGAUUACGUUAUGAUACUUAAGUUUUGCGAGGUGUACUUCAACUCGCCAAACAUGAAGGUCUUCGAUGUCGUGUUAAAUGGUGAUCAUACUGUAGUCACUGAUUUGGACAUCUUCGAGAGAGUUGGUCGAGGUGUUGCACAUGAUGAAUACGUAUCGUUUAAGGUACUGGGUGGAAAAUUAAUAUACAAUGAUGAAGAAUCAGACAUUCUUGGUGGGAAGAUAAGAGUAGAAUUUAUAAAGGGUUAUAGGGAUAAUCCAAAAAUAAAUGCUAUAGCUGUUGUGAAAGGUGUUUUGGAUGAUGUUCCACAAUUAGGACCGAUACCGCCUGAUCCAGAGGACUAUCAAGGUAUGCAGGAAGAAGAGGAAGAAACUGAUUUGCGAAGUAGACAUACGAGUGGGCCAAGGACUCCUGACCCGUACUUGAUAGACGAGUCGCCUGUAUUGUUACCUGUUUUUGUAGCCAUCGGCGCUUUUAUUCCAUUAUUGUUCUGUUUAUGUAAAUUAUAAGCUGAUACACGUA